CUCCGUCAAGCCAAGAGGACAUGCAGCUCGUCAGCGAGCUGUCAGCAGUCAUCGAAGAUGCAACUUCUUUGAACGAGGCAGGGACGAGCGAGCCGAUCAAGCUGGUCCUGGACAAGGCCGUUGGCAACCUCCACGACACCUUCUACUCUCCGGGGAGCCUGGAGUUCAUGGCGCUGGGAGAGUGGGCGAAGAUGCCAGAGGAGCAGGGAGUGGGACGCAACGCGCUCAAGGAGAAGCUGGGGAAGUGGCUGCAGAGCAAGCGCUGGACUCGCGUGCAAGGAGAGAGCAAGAAGGCAAGGAGGGGCAGCGCGUUCUCGCCACGGGCAACGGCAGCUGCUGAGCUUGAGCAGGAGGCGGAGAGCGACGACAUAGAGCGUCGAUCUCUUAGCUUCCUGUUCAUAGCACUGAGUAAAUUCGCAGAGAUGCAUGUGCUGGCCUGCUCGCUGAAGGUGGACAAGAAGGACCGACUGCGAGUGGAGAUGAGGUAAGAUGACGAAGAAGAGGAAGACAUGGAGGAAGAGCAAGGCGAGGGCGAGGAAGAAGACGGGGCGAGCCCGUACCGAGCUUGAGCUGAGCUCAAGGUAAGGAGAGAAGGUAGGAGGCGACCGAAGGCCAAGGUGAGGAGAGGCAACUCUCCUGACUGAAGCUGAGGAAGCUGAAUGGAGGACGAGUAGGUGGCGACCGAAGGCCAAGGUGAGGAGAGGCAACUCUUCUGACUGAGGCUGAGGAAGCUGAAUGGAGGUAGAGUAGGUGGUGACCGAAGGCCAAGGUGAGGAGAGGCAACUCUCCUGACUGAGGCUGAGGAAGCCAAGAGAAGACAGCAGAAGUAGAGAGUAGAAAGACGCCUCAGAAGCAGGGUUCGCAUUGUAGGCCGUGUACUCCCAGUGCUCGAGCGCCUCUUUAGACUAGGAUCCAAUUGCACAAGCCCACAACGAGGCCGAGCAACAUUCUAGAUGCAGCUCGUCAGCGAGCUGUCAGCAGUCAUCGAAGAUGCAGCUUCUUUGAACGAGGCAGGGACGAGCGAGCCGAUCAAGCUGGUCCUGGACAAGGCCGUUGGCAACCUCCACGACACGUUCUACUCUCCGGGGAGCCUGGAGUUCAUGUCGCUGGGAGAGUGGGCGAAGAUGCCAGAGGAGCAGGGAGUAGGGCGCAACGUUCUCAAGGAGAAGCUGGGGAAGUGGCUGCAGAGCAAACGCUGGACUCGCGUGCAAGGAGAGAGCAAGAAGGCAAGGAGGGGCAGCGCGUUCUCGCCACGGGCAACGGCAGCUGCUGAGCUUGAGCAGGAGGCGGAGAGCGACGACAUAGAGCGUCGAUCUCUUAGCUUCCUGUUCAUAGCACUGAGUAAAUUCGCAGAGAUGCAUGUGCUGGCCUGCUCGCUGAAGGUGGACAAGAAGGACCGACUGCGAGUGGAGAUGAGGGAAGAUGGCGAAGAAGAGGAAGACAUGGAGGAAGAGCAAGGCGAGGGCGAGGAAGAAGACGGGGCGAGCCCGUACCGAGCUUGACAUUCUAAUAAACUCACAUAAUAAU